AUGCGUUCCUCAAUCUUCCUCUCUGCUAUUUCCCUCCUCCCAGCUGUCCUUGCAGCUCCCCAUGAUAUCUCGGUUAGAGGAUGUGUGGGCCCCGAUGUCAAUGCUGCCACCAUUUCCCUCGUCAAGGAAUUCGAGCGCUUCGUUCCAUCCCCUUCUCCUGACCCAAUUGGUCUCCCAACUGUUGGCUAUGGUCAUCUUUGUCAGAGCAAGAACUGCGGUGAAGUUGGCUUCCCAUUCCCACUUACUGAAGAUACUGCCACCCAGCUCCUCGCCCAGGAUAUCAAGGCCCCUCAGCAGACCAUCACCCUGAAGACCGUCAACGGUGUCCACCUGAACGAGAACCAGUACGGCGCCCUCGUCUCUUGGACCUUCAACGUCGGCCCAGGAAACGUUGCCACUUCCAGCCUUCUCAAGCGCCUCAACGCUCUCGAGGACGUCAACACUGUCCUCCGCGAGGAGCUCCCCAAGUGGAAGUACGCUGGUGGAAAGGUCCUCCCUGGUCUUGUCCGCCGCCGUGCCGCUGAGGUUGCCCUUGGUGAGACCCCCUCUAACGUUGGUGCUUUGCCCGUCGACUGCUAG